GAAAUGACCAGGUGCAAUUAUUCCACCGUGACUGAGUUUAUCCUGGAAGGAUUAACACACCGGCCAGAACUCCAGCUCCCUCUAUUCUUCCUGUUUCUAGGCAUCUAUGGGGUCACUGUUGUGGGGAACCUGGGCAUGAUCCUCUUGAUCACUCUCAACUCCAAGCUCCAGUCUCCCAUGUACUUUUUCCUUGGUAAUUUGUCAUUCUUAGAUCUCUCUUACUCCUCAGUUGUUACCCCCAAACUCCUAGGAAACUUUCUUUGGGAGAAAAAUGUUAUUUCCUACUCUGGCUGUAUGACCCAGCUCUUUUUCUUUUGUGUUUUUAUUAUUGGAGAAUGUUUCAUGUUGACAGCAAUGGCGUAUGACAGGUACGUCGCUAUCUGCAAUCCUCUGCUGUACAAUGUCAUCAUGUCCCCAAAGGUGUGCAGUAUGUUGGUGAUUGGGGUCUAUUCCAUAUCUACAUUGGGCUCUUUAUCCCACACAGUUGCCAUGACUAAGGUUUCCUUCUGUGGGGACAAUGUCAUCCGCCAUUACUUCUGUGAUGUAUUUCCUCUUCUCAAGCUUUCCUGCACCAGCACCCAUGUCAAUGAGCUUCUGAUGAUCUUUAUAGGUGGAUUCAAUGUGUUGGCAUCUACUCUUCCCAUCUUCAUUUCUUAUGCCUUUAUUUUUGCCAAAAUUUUUCAAAUGCCUUCAACUGAGAGCAGGUCCAAAGCCUUUGGUACCUGUGGCUCUCACUUGACCGCAGUCGGGAUCUUUUAUGGCUCUACCAUAUUUAUGUAUUUUAAGCCAUCCUCCAGCAAUAUGGCCCAGGAGAAGGUGGCCUCUGUGUUCUAUGCCACAGUGAUCCCCAUGCUGAAUCCCCUGAUCUAUAGCUUGAGAAAUAAGGAUGUAAAGAAUGUGCUGAAAAAAGUCCUGGGGAAAAUGUAA